UUUUAUUUUAUUUUUUUUUAAAAAAAAAGAAAACUUAGAAUUUUUUUUGGGCCCUGGUGAGUCACUUGACCCACCAGGCACAAGCCCAGGUCCGCCACUGAACACAACACACGAUAAAUGGUUUGCAUACCAGCUUACUUAAUUUUAUAAACCCCAAAAAAGCCAAACAAGAACAUAGGCGCCUGGGGCAAUGCUUCCCAUGUUGUAUAUUUUAUAUCCAUCACAACAUUAAAUAUAAUCUUAUAAUUAAUCAACAUAAUUAAACCUCUAAAUUAUACUCAAAUCAAAAUUAAGCCAAAUAAAUAAAUAAAUAAAUAAAAUAAAUAAAAAGCUCCAAUAAGAAGCAAAAAACAACACUUGAUUACACAGGCUUUGGGUUUGGCCCCUCCUCUUGAUUCGGUUCUCGAUGUUAACCCCAUUUUUCCUGAAUUUUACAAACACCCACCAAAAAACUCACACAACACUCUCUCUUUACAUUCUCUCUCCUCUCUUUCUCUCUCUUCUUUCUCUCUCUUCAUCACCUUCUUCCUUUCCACUAACAAUGUCUAACAGCUCUAAACUCUAAAGGGUCUUCUUUAUAUUUUUUUUCCCCUUUUUUUCUGUAUAUUUUUAUUAAUUUUACGGCAUGGAAGCGAAUCUUAAAGGUUUAGUCCUUGACCCUGCAAAAUGUGGCGGUCUUCCUUUGGAAGAAAAGAGGGAGCUAGUUCGUGAAAUUGCUCAGUGUUCAGAAGAUGCACCAGAGAUUCUUAGUUCUUUUAGCCGCAAAGAGCUUUUGGAAAUUAUCUGUGCUGAAAUGGGUAAAGAAAGAAAAUACAGUGGGUUUACCAAGCUUAGAAUGAUACAGCACCUUCUAAAUUUAAUGUCUAAAAAUAUGAAGAGGAAAAACACUGAUAAUGAUCUUGAUUUAUCUCUGGCCAAAAGUCCUAAUGGAGCUAAGAAGCAGAGAAAUAAUGAAAGCCCUGCACAACUACCCACCAACCAGGAAUAUGUGCAAGGUAUAGGUUUAAACAAGAGUGAAGUAAAAACCUUAUUAUGUGAAAAUCUAGCCUGCAGAGCUACUCUUAGUCAAAAUGACGGUUUCUGCAAGAGGUGUUCUUGUUGUGUCUGUCAUCGUUAUGAUGAUAAUAAGGAUCCAAGUCUUUGGUUGACCUGUGACUCUGAUCCGCCUAAUGAGGGUGAUUCAUGCGGGAUGUCUUGUCAUAUAAAAUGUGCGCUAAAGCAUGAAAGAAGUGGCAUACUGAAGAAUUGUAAGCGUGGAAAAGUUGAUGGGAGAUUCUAUUGUGUUUCUUGCGGAAAAAUCAAUGACCUUAUGAGUACAUGGAGAAAGCAGCUGUUGGUUAUCAAGGAGGCUAGACGUGUUGAUGUACUAUGUUUGCGAAUCUCCUUGUGUCACAAGAUCCUUGAUGGAACUGAGCGAUAUAAGGAUCUACAUAAGCAUGUAGAUACUGCUGCAAAGAAACUUAAGAAGGAACUUGGGCCUCUUGAUCGUGUAUGUGAAAAAAUGGGCCGAGGAAUAGUUAACAGGCUUGCUUGUGGGGCUGAGGUUCAGAAGCUAUGCGCCUCUGCUCUGGAUGCUUUUGAUGCCUUGUCAAACCAACCAUAUAAAACCGCUGUGAAUCAAAAAAACACUCCGACAUGUCACAUACGCUUUGAAGAAUUUUUCCCAACAUCAGUAGUCAUUGUAUUGGACUAUGAUAAUAGACUUCUGGAAGAGUUUUUGGGAUGUCGGAUAUGGCAUCGAAAGUCUAACUUGAAGGCUUACCCAGAAAAGCCCUCCUGUAUUGUUCUUAGGCCGGAGAAGAAAUUCCAGAUUUGUGACCUUCAACCAUGCACAGAAUAUGUAUGUAGGGUUUCUCUGUUCAGUGGCACAGGUGUUUUUGGGACUUGGGAAGCAAAAUGGGUAACUCCUCAAUCAAUUGGAACGUGUGCUCUAGUUUCCGAUGAACAUGAUGGAAUAAUCGAUGAGACCCCAAGGAAUUUUUUCCAAGCCUUUUCUGAAUGCAACAAUGCCAACAAAUCAGCUACAGUUGAUCAGACUGCAAAACUUCGAUCCCUCACUGACAUCAAUGCCACUCAUAUAGUGAACUUAGGAUCAAUCCCCACCACACCGUCAAAAAUAGACACAAGGCUAGAUUUAGUUGGCGCUAGUGCCAAGAUGCUUGAAGAACUGAAUAGAAACUAUGAAUUCUGUGUUAGAGUGGUCAAGAGUUUGGAACAAGAUGGGCACUUGAGCAUAGAUUUCAGGGUGAAAUUUCUCACUUGGUAUAGCUUGAAAGCCACGGUGCAGGAGAGAAGAGUUGUCAGCGCAUUUGUGGAUACUAUGUUAGAUGACCCGCCAUGCUUGGCUGAGCAACUAGUUGAUGCCUUCGCUGAUAUAAUUUGCAGUGAAAAAUCCACUUCCACAGCAUACAUUCAGCCUUGAAAUUACAAUCCUUUUUUCUCUAUUCUAUUCAACCAGAAAGAAAGAAAGAAAGAAAAAAAAAAAAAAAAAAACACUUAUUUUAGGGUCUUAUAGGCAGGAAGAUUGCUUUGUUAGUGUUUUGCUUUUGUCUAGAAUCCAGAUUGGCAUUGAUAUUGGUAUAUGAGCAGAGAUUUUAGAUUCUGUUUUUCAGCAAAAGGCUUGUUAGCAUCAAGUGGAUAUGAUGAAUAUUCUAAAUAGUGUAUAGUUUGGAGGAAUGCAUUAUUCCUUUUUUCAGGCUUUUCCACUGUCAAUGUAUUUGGUGCCCUGUUUUGAACUUUUCUGAUGCACUUUAUUUUAAAUAAGUACAUCACCUUUGUCCUAUUGUCCAUAACAAGUACAUUAAUGUAAUUCUACCCAAAAAGAAAAGAAAAAAACGUAAUCAUUACAAAUAUA